UUGAAGAUCCAUCACCUAACUUCCAAAGUAUAAGAGACUUUUUGGAUUGCAAACGCUGUCUUGAAACUCCGGAAGUAAUACAAACUAUCUCACACCUUAAUAAAAUCAAAAAUGAACAAGGUAAUAAUGAAAAAUCGUCUGCAAUACGCUUCCGAGAAUUGGCAAGAACAAAGCUGAAGUUAAAUCGUUACCAGAGUCGAAGAGUAUAUGAGAUUCUUCGACUGUUUUUGUUACCUCGCUCACCAGAAUGUGUAAAAUCCUUUUCUGAUGCACUAGCUAAACGCACUGCAGCUCAUUUCCAGCGAGUUCGACCAAAUGCAAUGUGUGGCUCUUCUCCGGUGGCGAAACCAUGUGGUUCUAAUUGCAAUCCAGUGAAGAAAGCAUGUGAAGAAAUUGCUGAUAAGUAUUUGGAAACCCAAUUGCGAGAAGAAGUUGCCGCCUUAUUGGAAAGUUAUCAGGAGACUGUACUUAAACUAGAUCAAUUCAAUCCUUCAAUAACACAAGAAUCUUGA